AUGACCGAAAUUGAGGUGGUUUUAUCUUUUAUUUCGCUUUUUACCUUUAUACUUACCAAUAAUAUCUCCAAUUUGUACAGAAAUAUUGGAUUAUUACUAUUUGAGUCAGUAUCAUGUAUAUUUGUUUCCAUUGUAUUAAUUCUUAGAUCUAAAGUCAAUAAUUCUCUUUUACCUACAGUAGCUUUAAUUUCAUAUUCUGUCAUCACUGGGUUUAUUGGGAGUAUUAUAACUAUGUUUACUGCUUUUUUCUUGGGAGCUAAUAUAAUUGAUUUUGGAACCAUUGUUUUGUCUUUAUAUUUUGGAUUAGUGACUUUUAGAACAUGUAUAUUCACCGGUUUUAAAAGUCUUUUAGUUACGAUUAUUAAAAGCCCUACCUUAAAACCAAAGGAUAAUAACAUUGCUCCCAUAUUUUAUUCAGCCUUAUUGGCUUACUUCUCUACUUUUUUAUCCAUUAUAGAUUCAAAUAGUAAAAUAAUGAAAUGGCCAAACUUUACACUUUUAGGAGCCAUUCUUGGAAGAUUUAUAGGAACCUUAUAUAAGCUCUUUACCAAGAGGUCACAGAGUUUAAACAAUAAAAAAGAAUCUCUAGAAACUAUUAAAACUAACCAAAGACAUAAACUUUGA